AUAGGACGACUACUGUCGCUCAUCGACUAUCACUGGCGCGUUUUCACGCAUUCACUGGAGGUGCAAGUUAUGCACGAGUACGCUAUCGCGGGAAGGAAAAUGACGAUAAGUUACGCCGUGAUGAUUUAUUCGUUGAUGAGCCUUUACAUGCUGAUGCCAGUAACGCCGCAAAUAUUGGAUGUCCUCGUGCCGCUCAAUAAAUCGCGCCCUUACAAAUAUUUGUUCGAUGUCGACUACAGCUUCGACAGAGAGCUGUAUUACUAUUCUGUAUUGCUCCACUCGUAUUGUACAAUUGUGUUAGCUGUAACUGUCAUGAUAGUAACAGAUACGAGCUAUGUGUCGCUCGCGCAACACGCAUGCAGUCUCUUCGCCGCCGUCGGGUGCCGAUUAGAAAAUCUGACGUCGAUGGUAAGUUCAAAGAAAAAUAAGUGCAAGUCGACGAAUUACGACGACAUGAUCUAUCAAGAAUUGAUACUUCUCGUCCAAAAACAUCAGCUGUGUCUUGAGUAUGUUGAUAUGUUGGAGUCCUUGUUCCAUCUGUACUCGUUUUCGAUGCUCUUUCUUCAUCUUAUUGUCAUGAGUCUCCUUGGAGUUCAGAUAGUUGCUUUGAUGAAUCGUAAAAUAGAGAUGAUCAGAUACGUGUCGAUGGUAAUCGGUGGUUUCGUGCAUCUUCUCGUUUUGAGUUACCCCGGUCAAGAAAUAAUGGAUCACAGCACAGAUAUAUUCCACAAGGCAUACAACAUGCUAUGGUACAAAAGGUCGCGGAGAACAACGCAACUAUUGAGCAUAUUACUUUACAGGGGUCUCGUGCCUUGUACGUUAACGGCCGGCAAAAUGUACGUGCUAUCGUUUCAGAAUUAUGCUUCGGUGAUGCAGGGAACUUUGUCUUAUUUCACCGCCCUUACGUCGUUCACGUAAUUUGUUAAAAGAAAAGAAGAGCGAUUACGUUGAAAUUUCGUAUAAAAUUAUCGAUUUGAGUGAUUCCUUAUUAGUAAAAGUAUGGUAAAUUCUAUUACGUAGUAAUAGAAUCGAUUUCGAAAUGUGUUGUAGAUUCAUCUUUCUGUUUUAAUAAAAAUUCAAAGAUUGUUGUUGCUGUUAUAAUCGUCAUCAUUUUUUUUUUCACAAAAAUCCGAUCCGUUAAACGAAUUUCAUUGUUAAAAAUUGUUUGUAUGGCUGUAACUUGUGCGAACUUUUGCGUGUGUUGCCUGAUAAUUGUCCCGUCUCUGACUCUGUAGCUCGAUGUGGUUUUAACGCAAAAAUAUCGAGAAUUUUUUUAUAUCCAAGCUUUUCCCAAGUCUUUUCUAUGAACUUAGUUACAGCUGGAGAUAACGGUUAAUCACAACGAAAAAAAGAAAAACAUAUAUUGAGAAAAUCUACUUUUAUCUCUGUAGUUCGAAAGCGCUGAGGAAACGAUUUUAAACCUGAAAAAAAUUAAUAAGUUUCUGGUAGAAGAUCAUUAUGCAACGGGAAGGCAAUAUCCAGUGAACGGGCAUUGAGUAUGGUGUUCAUUUAGCAUUAUUGUUAUACUGAUUACCAAUUUAAUUAUGUAUCAUUCCAGCUUCAGCUUGAAACUGUGUUUCAAGACCGACGUUACUCGGUAUACUGGUCGCAGAACUCAAAAAUAUAUACGCUAAUAUAUUAUCAAGCACAAAAAUCCUGAACUAUAAAACGUAGACUUUUAUUCGGGGAUAAAGUUUUGUACAGUGAAUUUUUUUCGCAAACUGAUUUUGAAGUUUUUGGAAAUUCCACGGUCUCAACCGGAAAGUAAUUAAUUGGGUAGGAAGUAAUCAUUAUUUAAAAAAUUAACAAAAUAUCUGUUAUAUAAAUGUAUAAUUUAUGUCGAACUUUUGUGACUGCAAUGACUGACGGAAUGUUUUUAUUUUGUAAGAAAAGUACCACAGUGAUUACCAGAAACGAUGGCUUGAAAGUUUUGGAAAUGAUAUUUCAAAGGCUCAAGUUAAUAUUUGAUUUAACAAGGUUUAAGUUAGUUCUAUAUGUAUGCUAUUUUUUCUAAUAAAAAAUAUUGUUGCAGGAAAAGUGCUUAGAGAAAGUGAAGAAGCGUCCUUAACGCAAACUGAG